CGGUAAAAGAAUAAAGCUGUAAGCUGUAUUCGUCUUUUUCCGGUUAGACUACUUCCGGUUUGACUGCGCGUCAGCACACAAGAGCAUGGACAUCAGACCAAACCACACCAUCUACAUCAACAACAUCAAUGACAACGUUAAGAAGGAAGAGUUGAAGCGGUCGCUGUACGCGCUCUUCUCGCAGUUUGGUCAGAUCGUGGAGAUCGUGGCCAUGAAGACCAUGAAGAUGAGAGGUCAGGCCUUUGUGGUCUUCAAGGAGCUCACUGCUGCCACCAACGCACUCCGCCAGCUGCAAGGUUUCCCCUUCUACAACAAGCCCAUGAGGAUCCAGUAUGCCAAGACGGACUCUGACGUGAUCACCAAGGGCAGAGGUGCUCACGGCGAGCGAGACCGGAAGAAGGAUAAGAAGAAGAAGCCUCAGGAGCUGGCAGCCAUUGCCGCCAAGAAAAGCGCCCUGGUGCCGGUGGCUCCCAUGCUCAUGCCAGCGCUGCAGGUUCCUGACAACCCUCCAAACUACAUCCUGUUCCUUAGCAACCUGCCUGAGGAGACCAACGAAAUGAUGCUCUCCAUGCUCUUCAACCAGUUUCCAGGCUUCAAAGAAGUGCGUCUGGUGCCUGGCAAACACGACAUAGCGUUUGUGGAGUUUGAUGGCGACAUGCAGGCGGGCGUGGCCAAAGACGCGCUGCAGGGCUUCAGGAUCACGGCCACGUGCGCCAUGAAGAUCACCUUCGCCAAGAAAUAGGCGGCCAUCUUGGAGCACCAAGAGACUCUUACACAUUGUAGAUUUUACUUUUUACUUUUUCUUUGUUUGCUUCCUUCAACUCCUGCUGUCUUCUUGGAAGAGACAAGACUGGAGGCAGCAGGUCAUGUGACCAUUUAUUGACAGGAAGUACAAUUCAAGUCAUUUCUUUGAAGUAAAUAAAGGAUUCUUUUAUUGAAAGUAAAUAAUUCAAUUUAUUACACGUCAAGAAAUAUUGAAAGUUUAAAAAAAAUAUUCAAAGUGAAUAAAAUACCUAAAAAAAUAUUAAUGUAGAGGCAGGGUUUGUUUCUCACUUGUCACUUGGGAUAGUGUGUGUGUGCAUUCGUGCGUGUGUGCAUGUGCGCGCGCGCGUGCGUGUGUGUAGCUGAAUGAAUAACACCUGCACCUGUCUGAGAAUUGUAUGGAGGGUGUGAACCUGGGUGCCGUUACUUCCGCAGAAGGACCAGAAACCAUCUGCAUGUAAUGUAUUGUGUUUUUACUCCAAUGGCAAAUAAAUCUCCCUCAAAACUGCA